AUGAGAGUUGCAAGGAGUCUUAUUUCCCUCUUGUUGUUGAGCGUUGCUGUCUUGACAGCAGGUUGCUUGGCCACCGGUAACCAUGAAGAGUCCACCUCGGAUUUCAGACAAGCACUCCAUCAAUAUGUCCACUCACCCAGUGAUGUCUUUUCAUAUCGUUUGAUUGAAACCACAACCACUUCUCAAGCAACCAUCUACACGUUGAAUAUCACUUCGUUGACAUGGUUGCCAGAGUCUGAAGUUGGUUCCAAACACAUUUGGUAUCAUUUUGUUACUGUUGCCAUCCCAAAUGAUUUGAACAAGGUCAAUUCUCAAGGAUUCUUUUUCAUUACCAAUGGUAGAACCGAUCAACCAGCUCCUGGUGCCGACGCUACAACCUCCUCCCCUGUUGGAAUUGAUGCUUUUUCGACCUCUCUCGCAGUGAAUACCAAGAGCAUUGCUGCUACCUUGUAUCUCAUUCCUAAUCAACCGAUGAGUUACAAUUCUGAUCCAGAACAUUUAAUUCGUGAAGAGGAUGCUAUCAUUGGUUUCGGAUGGAGACGUUUCAUGAAUAACACUGCUGAUAAUUUGUUAUAUGUCACUCAAUUACCAAUGGUUAAGGCUUCUAAAUUGUCUUUGGAUGCAGUUCAACAUUUUGUUCAACAAAAGAUUGACAAUUACAGACUUGAAACAUUCAUGGUUGGAGGAAAUUCAAAGAGAGGUUGGACCACUCUUCUCUUAGGUGGUGUCGAUAACCGUGUGAAUUCCAUUGUUCCAGUAGUAAUUCCAACCUUUGGUACUAAACGUUUCAUUAAACGUUCCUAUGACAACAUGUGUGCUUGGCCAUGGGCUUAUUAUGAUUAUGUGACAAGUGGCGUGACUGAUCAACUCUUUACACCAGAAUUUGAAGAUUUGACUGAUAUUGUAGAUCCUCUUCAUUAUGAUCGAUUGGAUACCAUCCAAAAGUAUCAAAUUUUAGCCAUGGGAGAUGAAUUCUUUUCUCCAGAUCUCAAUAGUCUUUCCUAUCGUCGUGUCAAGGGUGAUAAAUACGUUCGUUACGUUCCAAACGCUGGUCACUUUUUACAAGACACUGAUUUCUUACCAGUUCUCCAAUCUUAUUACUAUGCUCGACACAAUCAAAUUGAAAUUCCCAAAUAUCAAUUCUCUCAUGAAUUCAUUCCAGAAGGUCUUCUCAUCAAUGUCAAAAUCACGAACGGCAAGAGACCUACUCGUGUCCAAUUGUGGAGUGCCACCAAUUUGAAUGGUCCUCGUGAUUUUAGAACCACAACCAUCGGAGUCAAUGCUUGGACUGCAACCGAGUUGAGUGAAAUUGAAGCAUUCGAAUGGCAAGUAUUGGUAAGAAAUCCAGUCAGUGGUUAUACGGCUGCAAUGGUUGAAUUGGUCUUUGAGAAUUAUGUGAGUGUGGAAGGAGUGCAAAUGGCACCAUUGAAGUUUACAACGAAUAGUUAUAUUACUCCAAAUACUUUACCUUGUGAUAUUAGUCCAGAUAAUUUGCCAACUCGUCAAAUGGUUUAA